AUGGCUCUUCCUUAUCUCAAGUCGCUGAAAAAGCCCGAGUUGGCCGAGUUGGCUGAUCAGACGGACCUGCCACACUACGAUGACUAUAACAAGAACGAUCUUGUAGUAGUGCUGGACAAACAUCUCCGCGAAAACCACUCUAUCUUCUCCGGCCUCCAGAGCCUCCAUGAAUACUACUUGCGCCUAGCCUCUCCACCCCGCAGAGGAUCGCCCGUCAAGCGCGAAGCCGCACGAACUCCAGCGCGGACCCCAGCACGCCGCUCUACGAAGAAGGAAGUGAAGGAAGAGGAAAUUAUCGAGGAUGUGGAAGAAGCCGUGCCCAGCCCAGUUGUAGUCAGCCCGACUCCAGCUGUAGCGCGCACGAGCGUGCGUCAGUCUGCGCGCCAGACACCCCGCCAGACGCCCCGCCAACCAGCAAUUCUCUCAGCCAUCGUGGACCCCGAGCCAUCACUCCCAGCGUCUCCAGCUGCUAUUACCGAAGCCAUCGAUGCGCAAACGAUUAAGCUGCGCGAGAGCCUUGAGAAUGUAUGGACUGCGUCGGGCUUUGUAGAUCGGGCGCAAUCUCUGCGCGCAACGCUGAGCAGCGUGAAGGCGAUUGAAAUCAUUGUCCUGCUGCUUGAGAGUGGCAGUCUUGCGAAAGAAUUGAUUCCGAUACGCUACCUUACUACUACACCCCCCGUGCAAGCCGCGCAUAUCCCUGCGAUUCCCAUCCGUGCUCCUGAUCUAUUUGUGUUCCUGGAAGCAGCGUUCUGGGCGCCGUUUUCGCUGUGGUUCCUUACUUGUCUGUUUUUGCCUUUGAUUUCUGCCUACUUUAUCAACUUGAGCUGGCAGGCCUCUAGCAGUGCGCGUCGCACCCGGUCUGCAUCUAAUCUCGCCCAGUUUGAUCCGUUGACUUUCAACAUCGUGAAGGCGUUGCUGGUGCACGUUGUGUUCCAAAAGGAUUUCAACUUCUUUGGUGUUUAUAGCCGGUAUGCUAUUGGGAAGGUUGUUGACUCCGUCCCUGGUGGGGACGUCGGUCUCUUUACUGGAUCAGCUAUCGGCGUUGUUGGUGCUCUGUACGAGGCUAUUCUCCACCGUUCGUAA